ACAUGAAUUAAUUAAGAUUGUGGGGUUAACUUUGUCACCCAGCCAAAUUUCUUCUUCUUUUCAUAUUCUGUACUUGCAGAAGCAAACCCAGUUCAUUUUCUUCUACUUCUUGCUUUGAGUUUCAAGGAAUUCACAAUUUUCAUGGAGUAAAAGCCUGAGGAUUCAGCAGUACUUGAAGUCGAAGAAAAAUGGAUGUAAAAGAAAUUGUUGAACCAGAAGGCAAGCUCACAUUGCCACCACCUCCUGGUUCUAUUGUUGCAAUAGCUGUCAAGGGAAAUGGAAAAAGCAAAAGUGUUGUUUCAUGGACAUUGGAAAAGUUUGUUCAUGAGGGAAUCACUUUGUUCAAGUUGUUACAUGUCUGCCCGAGGAUUACUGCAGUCCCUACACCAAUGGGAAAUUUCAUUCCUAUUUCACAAGUACGUGAGGAUGUAGCAGCUGCUUAUAAGCAGGAAGUGGAAUGGCGGAGAAGUAAAAUGUUGCAGCCUUAUAAAAAGAUGUGUGUUCAGAAAAAGGUGCAGGUUGAUGUAACAGUAAUUGAAUCGGACGAUGUUGCAAAAGCAAUUGCAGAUGAGGUUGCAAAUUGCUCCAUUAACAAGCUUGUUAUCGGUGCUGCAUCUUGCAUCAUGUUUUCAAGGAAAAUUAAGAAGGAUGAUCUUUCCUCGAGAAUCUCAGCUUGUACUCCAAGCUUUUGUACUAUCUAUGCUGUUUCAAAAGGAAGAUUGUCAUCCAUCCGUCCAUCUGACUUGGUUACAAAUGCAAGUACUAAAGGUGACUGCAGUGACACAAGUUGCUCUAACAACAGUUCAUCAAGUUACAGUUGCGGCUCACAAACAGAUCUUCACUCCAUAUCUUCCUAUUCUCAUUUCCAUUCUCCUUCCCUGCCAAUUCAGCGAUCUCAGGCUCUUUCAACCAUAAACAAGACUCUUUUUUGUUCAACAAUAAACUCAACUGAGCUUAAUCGUUCAAGCUGCCAGUCUUUGGAUUCUGAGGGAGGUCAGGAUUCCAUGAGUUCCUGUCUCAAUAGUUUAGAAGUUGGACAGCCAGUCAGUGAAAGUUCAAGUUACUGGAGUCUCAUAACAGAUAACCACAGUUUGUCUGAACAUAUUUUCAUCUCAGAUGUGCUAACUGACUGUUCUUCUUCUGUGAGCCAGGAAGAUAUUAGCUUUGAGCUAGAAAAGCUAAGAACUGAACUCAGACAUGUUCGAGGAAUGUAUGCAAUAGCUCAGAGUGAGGCAAUUGAUGCUUCUCGACAGAUGAGCAAUUUGAAUAAACUUCAAUUAGAGGAAGCAGCUAAGCUCAAAGGGAUACACCUCAUGGAGGAGAAAGCCUUAGAAUCAGCUAGACAAGAGAAGGAAAAAUAUGAAGCUGCAAAAAGGGAAGCCGAGCAUGUGAGGGAAUGUACUGAAAGAGAAGUUUUACGAAGAAGAGAAGCAGAGUUUGAAGCUCUGCGUGCAGCUAAAGAGAAAGACAAGUUUGAGAAUGCUCUUUUGGGUUCUCUUCAGCAAUAUCAGGAGUUUACAUGGGAAGAGAUUGUUUCUGCCACCUCAUCAUUCUCAGAAAACCUUAGAAUCGGAAUGGGUGCAUAUGGAACUGUCUAUAAGUGCAGUUUGCAUCAUACAGUUGCAGCAGUAAAAGUUCUCCGAUCCAAAGGGAAUCACGAAAAUAAGCAAUUCCAGAAGGAGAUUGAAAUCUUGAGCAGAAUUCGCCAUCCACAUUUGCUUCUCCUUCUUGGUGCUUGUCCUGCACAUGGUUGCCUUAUUUAUGAAUACAUGGAGAAUGGUAGCUUGGAGGAUAGGUUAUUUCAAAAGAACAAUACACUGCCCAUCCCCUGGUAUGAUCGGUUCCGAAUUGCUUGGGAAGUAGCCUCAGCUCUUGUUUUUCUUCACAACUCAAAGCCAAACCCCAUUAUCCAUCGUGACCUGAAGCCGGCAAACAUCUUGCUCGAUCUUAACUUAGUGAGCAAGAUUGGUGAUGUUGGCCUCUCAACAAUGGUGAAUCAAGACUCUCUCUGCGAAUCCUCUGCAUACAUGGCUACAGGGCCUGUUGGGACACUUAGCUAUAUGGAUCCCGAAUAUCAAAGAACAGGGCUGAUUUCUCCAAAAUCUGAUGUUUAUGCUUUUGGGAUGGUAAUUUUACAAUUAUUGACAGCAAAGCCGGCAAUAUCUCUAGCUCAUAUGGUGGAAACAGCAAUUGAGGAGGACACUUUGGUGGAAAUUUUAGAUUCCCAAGCCGGGAAUUGGCCAACUGAAGAGACAAAAGAGUUGGCAUUGUUGGGACUGAGCUGUGCAGAGCUUCGACGUCGGGACAGACCUGACUUAAAAGAUCAGGUACUUCCUACACUGAAGAGACUGAAGGAUACUGCUGACAGAGCUCGAAAUUCAAUUUCAAGUAUUAAAUCUGCAACUCCUGCACACUUCAUAUGCCCAAUACUGAAGGAUGUGAUGAGUGAGCCUUGUGUUGCUGCGGAUGGUUACACCUAUGAUCGCAAAGCAAUGGAGGAAUGGCUUCAAGAAAAAGAUACAUCUCCAAUGACCAAUUUACCUUUGACAAGCAAGGACCUCUUUCCAAAUUACUCACUUCUUUCUGCAAUCAUGGAAUGGAAGAAGUCCAAACAACGUUAGUAGUAGUUUCUUCAGUCAUAAUCAUUCAGGUUGCAUGAAAAACUUAGCUGCACUCGAAAAGUGUCCACAUUCUGUCAAUAUAGUUUCUUAGUUUUUUUCCUUCUUUAUCAUCUCUGAUAGCAAAAGGAAGAUUAUGUGAACAUGACUUAUGCUAUUGAUAAUUGUAAAAUGACAAUUAUAUGCACAAAUAAUGAACACAAAUAAUAACAUAUCACUAUGAUUAGGUGAUUUUGAAAUAAAGAUAAAACAAUACUUAAUCACAUGGUGAUAUGUUAUUGUUUGUGUGUAAAUUUAUGUUCAUUGUUUGUGUACAUAGGAUUACUCAUUGUAAAGAGAAAGAAGAUAGUAAUUGAAAUAAAAGGAAUGUUAUAUAUCA